UGCGCCCAAUGAGGAGCUGAGGAAGAGGGCGCCGCCUCUGAAUGCGGGGACUGGGGCGCCAUGGCGGACCGCCUCACGCAGCUGCAGGAUGCCGUGAACUCGCUUGCAGAUCAAUUUUGUAAUGCGAUUGGAGUAUUGCAGCAGUGUGCCCCACCCGCUUCCUUCACCAAUAUUCAAACGGCAAUAAACAAGGAUCAGCCUACUAAUCCUACAGAAGAAUAUGCCCAGCUGUUUGCUGCGUUGAUUGCAAGAACUGCCAAGGAUAUUGACGUAUUAAUAGAUUCUUUGCCCAGUGAGGAAUCAACAGCCACAUUACAGGCUGCCAGUUUGCAUCGCUUGGAGGAAGAGAAUCACGAGGCAGCUGCACGUCUUGAAGAGGUAGUUUAUCGUGGGGAUAUGCUCUUGGAGAAGAUACAGAAUGCUUUAGCUGACAUUGCUCAAUCACAGCUGAAGACAAGAAGUGGCAGUCAUAGUCAACCUGCUCCAGAUUAACCACCAGAGGUCUUGGGACUUGACCAUAAAAUUUGAACUUCUUGAGAAAAACAAGUUGUAUAUUACUGUUGAGCCUUAAUCGUGUGGAAAGACGUCUGGUGUUGUGUUUCCAGGAAACCAUCUCCCUGUUGACAAAAUAUUCAGUCUUUUGUAUGGCAUUGCACUAGUGGGAAGUAAUCACAAAUUGAGAGUUGCCAAACUUUUUAUUUUUAAUAUGUUCCUUAUGCCCAAAGCCCUGUGCUUUGAUUGUUACUGUUUGAUAGAUCAGAAUGUCUGGUUUCAUUUGGUAGGCAACCUUGUGAAGUCAUAAUGAAUUAAAUGCCCCAGGCAUGCAUACUGACGCACGGUGUUUUAUUGCAUGGAAUUAUUUUCUGUGUGAGAAACAGAAUACAGUCAUACCUUGGAAGUCGAAUGGAAUCUGUUCCGGAAGUCUUUUCGACUUCCAAAUCAUUCAACUUCCAAAUCGCGGCUUCUGAUUGGCUGCAGGAAGCUCUUACAGCCAAUCGGAAGCUGCGGAAGCCCCAUUGGACGUUUGGCUUCCAAAAUAAUGUUUGACAGUCGGAAAAGUCACUUCUGGGUUUCGAUCGUUUGGGAGCCAAAAUGUCCGAGUUCCAGAGCGUUUGACAACUAAGGUACGACUGUAAAGUGUCACUAAGUCUUUAACUUGCUCCUAAUGUUUAUCAUUAUUUUUCUAUUGACUAGCAGACUAAAGAAAAUCCUUUAGUUUUUCCAGUACAGAUUUGCAAUGGAUAGCAAGAGCUUGGUUUUUAUUUCUUGUGGGAGAUCUGGGUAAUAUCCAACUGUUGAACAGCUUAUGGACAGCUGCAUGUGGGUAUGGAUGAACACUGUACAUUGGCGUGGGAAACCUCUGGCCCUCCAGACAUUGUUGGACUACGACUCCCAUUAGCUGCAGCCAACAUGGGCAGUGGAUUAUUGGAGUUGUAGUCCAGCAGCAUCUGCAGGGCAAUAGGUUCCACAUCCCUUCUGUAUACACUGUUAUGGAUAUAAUUGGGUGGUCUGCUUUGGUGUGAAAGGGGAAGGAGAGAAGGUAUGGAAGAAUUAGAGGUUUGCCUACCUGUUAUACAUGGGACGCAGCUUGGGCUAAAUCAAUUGAUUCAAACCAGGCAUCCCCAAACUGUGGCCCUCCAGAUGUUUUGGCCUACAACUCCCAUGAUCCUUAGCUAACAGGACCAGUGGUCGGGGAAGAUGGGAAUUGUAGUCCAAAACAUCUGGAGGGCCGAAGUUUGGAGAUGCCUGAUUCAAACAAAGGUGAGCUGUCAUUUUUUAUUGGAAGCUCAGUCUUGAUGGUAUCCAAAGUUAGAACUUAGACAGUUUGCAUAAAUGAAGCAUAGCUGAAUAUGACAGGUCAACACUUUAAUGUUAAACAUGUGCAGACAAAUAAAAAAUAAUUUUUGUCCUAAAA